AUGAUCACUGUUCAUAAUCCUACUAUAGAGGAAUAUACCUAUUUCGAGAGAACUAAGCGUCCUGAGGCCUCUUUAAAGUUCGCUAUAGAUGCAGAAACUGCAAAUCUUGCAAACUCUACCAAUACAGCAAACUUUACGCCUUCUGCGCCUUCUGCGCCAUCUGCUCCUCCUACGCCUCCUGCGCUCUCUGCGAAUUCUGCUCCUUCUGCUCCUCCUACGCCUUCUGCAGAUUCUACGAAUUCUGCGCCAUCUGCUUCUUCUACGCCAUCUGCUUCUCCUGCGCCAUCUGCUUCUCCUACGCCAUCUGCUCCGCCUGCGCCAUCUGCUCCGCCUGCGCCUUCUGCUCUGCCUACGCCUUCUGCUCCUCAAUAUGUACAAAAGCUAUAUGCUCUUGAGCAUUAUAAUAAAGAGAUGGGUGGCUCAGAUAACCACGCUAAGCUGAAUUCGUAUAAUUCAGUAAGUCGACAUUAUCAUCAACGUAACUGGCUACCCUUGUUCUAUCUGCUUAUUGACGUAGCAGUUACAAACGCUUAUAUCCUCUAUAAGCUAGGCCAAAAACGCAGAAAGCUCUCCCAUACCCAGUUUCAAGAAGAAAUAGCGCAAACUCUACUACGAGGACCUGGAGCUAUUCUACGGCGGCGGCGACAAAAACCACGCCCUUCUCAAGCUAUUCAUACUAGGCCAGUACCAAAAGAUAGCUAUAAGGGUCAUUCGUAG